UGCAGCCGCCACCAUCACAUCCUGGUCUUUAACUCUGUCACAGUGCACAUGAGAGCGACCUCUGGGCCAGCAGUGAGAGGCGACCUACUCCAACCUGCCAAGUCGCAACCUACGACACUGGGAGACCAGCGGUUGUCAAGGCCACCAGCAGUUCAGGGGAGUCCGCAUCACCAAACUCCUUGGAGAGGCCUUGUCCAGGACCUGGGAGCCACGACCACCCAGCUCCAGUUCUGUGGUCCAUGUGAGUAGCUAGGAACUUCCAGGGGUGAGCUCAGAGGGGCAGGCUGCAGAAGGCUGGUUCCCCUUGACUGAGUAGGACCAAUUGGUUCUGUUAGUAGCCUCACCCGUGAGGCCUGGUUUUCUCAUCAUCCUCGGAACGAUCUCUCAGCACCCUGGAUCCUUCUGUGGGUUCUCGAGGCAGCUCCACCGCGCAGCAGCGCGCGUACAGCUGCCUCAAGGAGCUGGGCAAGAUGGUAUUUGGAGUCCAGGACAUUGCAUUGUUAGAACAUGGGUGCAAGGCCUUGGAGGUGGACAGUUACAAGUCCUUGAUGAUCCUGGGGAUCCCAGAGGACUGUAGCCACCAAGAAUUUGAAGACAUCAUACGGACUCCUCUCAAACCGCUGGGCAAGUUCGAAGUGGCUGGGAAGGCCUAUCUGGAGGAAGAUAAGUCCAAGGCGGCCAUCAUCAGGUUGGCAGAGGACCUCAAUUACGACGUGGUGCCCAGGCAGAUCAAGGGCAAGGGCGGUAUGUGGAGAGUGGUCUACAUGCCCAAGUGGCAGGACAUCGAAUUCCUGACCAAGCUCAAUUUGUUCCUGCGGAGAGAGGGCAGGACGGUAGAGGAUGUGGCCCGCAUCCUCAGUCGCGAGCUGUGCCCCACCACAGUAGUUCCCGAAGAGCUAUCUUCCAGGGAGUGCAGUCUGUCUCUGCAGGGGGAGAACGCAGACAAGAGGGCCACCACCAAGGCAGAUGAGAUGCCCCUUCUCAAGGACCCAGAGAAGGAGAGCAAGGCUGAAGAGGGCAAGAAGGGCAAGAAGAAAAGCAAGAAAAGUCGGCGCCAACAGCAGGCUUCUGAUAAGAAGCCGUGAGGUGAUGUUGGAUGACCGUGGAUGGGGGAUGUGUGUGGCAGGGGGGUGGGAGUCAUCCCAGUGGGAACGGGAUGACCGUGGGGGGGGGGCACAUAGCAUUUGGCGCUUAAGACUGAGUGUGGAUAGGAGGUGCUGGACCGGUGAGUGGCGACUUUUGAGCCAGAAUGAGCGUCACCUGGGUGUUUUGCAUGGCAUUUGAUUCUGCGAAGAAAACUUAUUUAUUUUGGUCAAUGCUGAGAGUUGCAUUUGAGCAUGCUACUCACGUGCUCUAUCAGGAAACCAUGUACCCAGCGCCUCACUAGGUGAUUCUAGGCAAACUCUGUUAACGAGCUAAGGCUUCAGCAUGAGCCUGGUACUUUCAUCUGAGCUGACUUGUGGACUGCAGCUGAGUGUGUGUGUGGCUAACAUCUGGUUGAUGUGGGUCAUCUCUUCCUGUUUUGUUUACGCCGCACGUGUCUAUUUCAUACCUACGGUAUCCUGGAAUGGCACUUAGAUCUUGGAAUAAAGAAAGUGGAAAAUCCCAACAGAAGUGUCUGUGACACUCAGGAGUAAUAAUGGGAGUACUUGCAUACGUCUAAGGGAGAGAAUUUUUCAUUUAAGUUUAAAGUUAAGGGAUCGUAGAUGAUUGAUUGUGGGACACUUUAUUCAUUCAACCAACAAAAAUUUCUCCAGCAUCUGAAAUGGGCCAGGUACAGGACACACAGUUAAUGAUUUUUAGUCUUACCCUCAUGGCUCUAAUUCUGUAUUUGAAGAAUUGUAGGUAACAUUUGAGACUGUGCAAGGAACACGGAAGUGUGUGUGUGUGGGGGGGGAGGUAUUACUUGAGUAAAGGAGAGCAGCUUCUGAUUGAGAAGAGUCCCAGAGACUUGUAAAAGACUUUUAGCAACUGGGAGGCCAACAGGACCAGCCCCUCAGAGGGAGCCAAAUCCACAACGGUGCAUGUGACUGUUGCCACGGAGACCACAGAGGGGACAGGUGCUUGCUAGCCAUUGCCUGAAGAGAAGCUCCUUGAUGGCAAGCUUUUGAGACCAUUUUUGCUAGUCUUGCCAAAACGGGAGCUGACCCCGGAAGAACCUGUCCUGAAGACCCUAGCUGGGAACAAGGGUCACCAUUCUGCCAUCACCAGAGACUUGAUGUUGAAGACAGUUCAGAAGCCAAGGCUGAAACGUGGGCUAUCUGUGGGCUCCACUAAGGACUCUGUCGUUCUGCAUGUGUCCCUAAAUAGCUGUGACUGUUCAAUAAAUGUCAACUCUCCCUUCCUGAAGGGAGGGUCGGGGUGAGACCCUUCAACCCCGAUUGGCACCUGAGGUUGGCAUGUAUAUAAACAUCCCCAAAUUAAAUCCCAGGAGUCAUGCCUUGGAGGAAGAAAAACACUCUUUAAAAAAAAAAUGGGGAGGGGGUAGGGCAGACUUCCCGUUGAGAGAGAGAGAGAGACAGAGAGACGGGGGAGGGGGGGCGGGGGGGAGAGACUGACUAAGCCAGGCUUAAUGGCUCAUGGAAUCUCAGCACCACUUGGGAGGUGGGAGCAGGAAGAUCAAGAGUUCGAGGUCAGCCUUGGCUGUAUAGUAAGUCUGAGGCCAGUCUGGGCUACAUGGUAUUCUGUCUCAAUAAAAAAUAAUUGGUUCUCAAGUCUAUAAACUGAGUAUUAUGUGAGGGUGGCGAAGAGGAAAAAUAUUGGGAGCACAGCACAAAGGUUCCUGAGCCCACAGAUCUCCAGAGAAACCAGGAAUGUUGAACACACAGGAUUGUCUUUCCAAUGGGAAAGAUGAAAACCUGUUCUUCCAUCCAGAAAGCUGGGAACUGGAAGUGAUUAACAGCUUGGUGAGUUGUGUUUUCUGUUGGGUCAGGCCAUAUCCAGCUCCUAUAACUAGGACCAGAGGAAGUUAGUAACCUAAAUGACCCUAAUAGCCAGAGGCUCCCCCAAGCUCCCCAACCAGGACCAGCGGUGGCUAAUAGCCCAAAUGACCUCUGUGCUGUCUGUGUGACUGAGACCAGGCCAGAUCCAUAGCCCCUUAAGCUAGUACAAGUAGUGUACCUCCAGAGCCCUUCUUCUUGGAAGAAACGACACAGAUCCUGAGUUGUUGCGAAGUAAUCACACUUCCUUGUGCAGUGGGGAUUGAUUCACAGCAGGGAGCUUUUCCCCCAAAUUACACUGGACUUAAAUACACUGGGAAUAAACCACCUGUUAUUAGACUUCCCCAAAUCUGAUCCACGUUGAUGAAGUCAGUCUGCACCAGGUUUUCAUUCCUCCCUCUUCGAGGGGUUCGCUUCCCUCUAUGACACCUUCAGGGACCCCUCAGAAAAAACAAAUAGUGUAAUCCAGCCUGGCACAGGUAGAGAGAACACCUACAAAGUUCUACUACUUCAGGGAUCUAUGAGGGCUCCAGCUGAAUUUCAUAUCAAAACUAAUUUAUGGGGGCUGCAGAGAUGGCUCAGGAGUUAAGAACACUAACUGUUCUUCCAGAGUGCUGGGUUUAGCAUCCACAUGGCAGCUCAUACUGUCUGACCCUCUUACACACACACAGGCAAAAACACCAGUG